GAAUUCACCACGAGCAAUAGCAAACACACCCAAGAGUUUCACGUCAGUACAGAGAUAAAAGAUAUUUGUUAACACUCAUCAACGCUCUAUAAGCUCAUCGGAAUCCCUUUCACAAUGCAGCCGAACGGCCUGAUGGAAUUCACUCUCAUAUUGAGCCUGGCCUUUUGUUCAGUAGGUCUGGGACAAAAUGAAUGGACCAUAACAGUCAAUAGGUCCAUUUCUGCAAGAAGAGGCUCAGACGUGACCAUACACUGCACAUUUACAUGUCCACCUGUACAAUGUGAUAAUAAAGCCCAAGUUAUCUGGAAAAAGCGCCAGGGGAAAACUUUUGAUGGCAAAGUCAACGAUGCAAAUGAAUUUGUCUUUCAUGAGAAUAAAACAUUUGUGCUGGAGAGGUACAGAGAAAAGACUGAGCUCGUUAACAAGAAAGGUAAUAAAGAUAAGGACUGCUCCCUGAGGAUCAAGAAUGUCACAGACAGUGACGGAGAUAUCUAUGUGAGACUCAUCGCAGAAAAAGAUCAGUACAGCUACUAUCGGGAUACUGUCUCAAUUAUUGUCUCAAAUGGAAAUAAAACAUCACCAGAAGAUACGGCUAACAUCCCAAAUAAUUUGUCACUACUGAUGUACACAACCAUCUUUGUGCCUGUUGCUGCGCUUGUGAUCAUUGUAAUUCUCGUUGGAACUCUCUGUCUCAUUAAACACAAAAGGAAGCAGUCUUUUACAAGGGAGGAAUCUGGAUAUUAUGCUAAUUUUAGCAGAGCAUCAUCAAACAACACCAAAAGUGAAGUAUCUUGCAAAACAAUUGACAACCUUCCUGAACCAAACGAGGUUGAUGAUCCGGUCUAUGUCAACACACGGGGCCCUCUGGAUCACAUGGAUCACACCAACAACAUUUAUGGAAAUAUAGAUUACUCAUGAAAGAAGAAAACUGCAAUUGUCAUUUUGACUUGAACUUCAACGAUGUAUUAGUUCAUGUCUCCAUGCCUUUGUGCAGCCAUGUGCCAUGGUAUGUUUGAUGGAGGAUGAUUGUAGCUUGUUGACCGAUGAGGUAAAGCGUCAUGACUUAACAUCAUAUUUUUUUUACAGACUAAAGGGUCAGGUUUGACUUGUUAGAAGACUUAAGAAAAUGCUCUGUAAAUACAGUCCAUUUAAAUACCUGCUGUCAUUCAUGCCCGCAUUUUGCUUACUUGUGUUAUAGACACUAUCAGUUCAUUAGCUCACAGCAGCAGCAUUUAUUGGAGCAGAAUUCUCAUUUAACCUCGUUAUCAAAUCAGCUCUAUGAAAGUGAAAGCUUAUGCUUUUGAAUCAAGAAACAGAACAGCAUAGUUAGCUUAUUAGUUUAUUGAUGGAUUUUAAACAGGUCCUUCUGAAUCCAGGCAUUCAUAGGAACUUCUGCAUGCUGCGACUGUUUGUAUUUAUUGUUGUAAAGUAAAAACAAAGCUACCACUAAUGGUUGCACAACAAACUAAAUCAUGUCAUAGAGACAUAGUAAGACUACACAGUAAUUGUGGCAGUGUUGUUGUGUAGUGUUUCUUUAAGUACAGUUGUCUUGCUCUUGCAUUUAGUCUUCCGCAGUGUGGAUAAGGGUCUGUGUCCACUGACAGCUGUUUUUGCACUAGCAGUGCCAAUUUUUUUGUACAAAAGUAAACCAAACCAUAAUUUUCCACUCUCAGUGUCCUCAGCAAAGUAACAUCCUGGUUCAUUGUUUAUAUUGUCCCUGCACUCUCACAAAAAAAAUGUUGAACUUUUGGAGCAUCGCCCCACUCAUCAAUGUCACUUCUUCCACACGAAAUAAUCCAAAUUAAGAAAAAGCUUGACUUCUAAUAUCGACUCUGUCAACAACAGUGGCAGAAUAAUUAAAUAGACGAGUCUUUAGCAGAAAACUUCUAGGUGUAGAGCUGCCAGUACACUGUUCUUGAUUUGGCAGACUCAAAUUGCUGGACUCCAGUGUUAACUAUUAAUAUGUUUUUGCACCUUACACUUGCACUUCCAGUUUACACAUCUGUAGAUGUGUACUGUUGUCAGAUAUAUUCGAAAAAAAAGUUGCUUUCAAGUCUGUAUGUUGGUUUUACUCUGCAAAAUCUUCCUGGAUGUUAGAGUUACAUUUGACAAUUUAGCAGGACAGAACCUGAAGGUGUUUCAACAGUUAAUGACUCAUUACAGAAAUGCACAUUAAGCUCACUGCAACAAAGAUUUAUUUGACAUCACCAUCACCUCUUCAUUAGUUUAAUGUGGAUUCUACAUCGAGCAGAUACUGUGGACCAAAAAUAUAUAAAAAUGAUGAGCAUAAAGGAAAUUAAGUUUGUCUGCCUUGCUUACAUGUAUCUGUUGCCAUAAAACUCAAUGUGACAAUGUGAAACCUAUUAAUAAAACUCAACUCUAAAUGUUCA